GCCAUGUUCACGAUGAAAGUGGACAGCGACGGCUUCACGCACAUCGCCGACGACGGCGUGAUCCGCUCCUGGGCCGCCAACGGCACAGUGAUCGACGCCGUCCGCCUCACGAACUCGCAACUCCUCGAACAAAUCUCCAACGUCCCCGCCCACCUCAAGCCCUUCGUCCCCCACCUCAAGAAGGUCUACGCGCACGUCGACGGCCACGACGUCCCGGAAUCCCAACUCUACCAUCCAACCCGCAUCAACACGCCCACGGAAUUCGGCGGCCCGACGGUUCUCCAAGCUGCGCAGUCUCUCAACCCGGCUGACGUUCUUCGUCGCCAGUCGCAGGAUCCUCGAUGGUGCAUUGGUCGGAUUUGCACGCGGAGCUCGGCGUGUCAGUAUUUGGGUUGUCUUGUCUGCCAUGACUUCGACGUUAUUCUUCUGUCCCGGAAGGUCUGCGCGGGCCCGAUCAUCCCGCCAAGCCGUGGCAGCGGCGGCGGUGAAUUGCGUGGGUCUGCGUGA